GUUGGGAAUGAGUAUGUCACCAAGGGUCAAACUGUGCAGCAGGUGCACAAUUCAGUAGGUGCUCUGGCAAAGGCUGUCUAUGAGAGAAUGUUCUUGUGGAUGGUUGUUCGUAUCAAUCAACAGCUGGAUACGAAGCAGCCCAGACAGUACUUCAUUGGUGUCCUUGACAUUGCUGGCUUCGAGAUCUUUGAUUUCAACAGCCUGGAGCAGCUGUGCAUCAACUUCACCAAUGAGAAACUGCAACAGUUCUUCAACCACCACAUGUUCGUGCUGGAGCAGGAGGAGUACAAGAAGGAAGGAAUUGAAUGGACAUUCAUUGACUUUGGGAUGGACCUGGCUGCCUGCAUUGAGCUGAUUGAGAAGCCCAUGGGCAUCUUCUCCAUCCUGGAAGAGGAGUGCAUGUUCCCCAAGGCAACUGACACCUCUUUCAAGAACAAGCUCUAUGACCAGCAUCUGGGCAAGUCCGGCAACUUCCAGAAGCCCAAGCCUGCCAAAGGCAAGGCUGAGGCACACUUCUCCUUGGUGCACUAUGCUGGCACGGUGGACUACAACAUCUCCGGCUGGCUUGAGAAGAACAAGGACCCCCUGAACGAAACUGUCAUUGGGUUGUACCAGAAAUCAUCUGUGAAGACACUAGCCUUACUCUUUGCCUCUUACGGUGGAGAAGCAGAAGGUGGUGGUGGCAAGAAGGGUGGCAAGAAGAAGGGUUCUUCUUUCCAGACUGUCUCAGCUCUUUUCCGCGAAAAUUUAAACAAGCUGAUGACCAAUCUGCGCAGCACUCACCCACAUUUUGUGAGAUGCAUCAUCCCCAAUGAAACAAAAACACCUGGUGUCAUGGAGCAUGAACUGGUGCUGCACCAGCUUCGGUGCAAUGGCGUGCUGGAAGGGAUCAGAAUUUGCAGGAAAGGAUUCCCCAGCAGAGUCCUGUAUGCUGACUUUAAACAGAGAUACAAGGUGUUGAAUGCAAGUGCUGUCCCAGAGGGACAGUUCAUGGAUAGCAAGAAAGCUUCAGAGAAGCUCCUUGGAACCAUUGCCAUUGAUCACGCCCAAUAUAAAUUUGGUCAUACCAAGGUGUUCUUCAAAGCUGGACUGAUAGGUCUCCUGGAGGAGAUGAGGGAUGAGAAGCUGGCACAGCUCAUCACCUGCACACAAGCCAGGUGCAGGGGCUUCCUGAUGAGAGUGGAGUACCAGAGAAUGGUGGAGAGGAGGGAGUCCAUCUUCUACAUCCAGUACAAUAUUCGUGCAUUCAUGAAUGUCAAGCACUGGCCCUGGAUGAAGCUGUUCUUCAAGAUCAAGCCCUUGCUGAAGAGUGCAGAAUCGGAGAAGGAGAUGGCCAACAUGAAGGAGGAGUUUGAGAAAACCAAGGAAGAGCUUGCAAAGUCUGAGGCAAAGAGGAAGGAGCUGGAGGAGAAAAUGGUGACCCUGCUGCAGGAGAAGAAUGACCUGCAAAUCCAAGUACAGGCUGAAGAAGAUAGCUUGGCUGAUGCUGAGGAAAGAUGUGACCAGCUCAUCAAAACCAAAAUCCAGUUGGAAGCCAAAGUAAAGGAGGUGACUGAAAGAGCUGAAGAUGAGGAGGAAAUUAAUGCUGAGCUGACAGCCAAGAAGAGAAAACUGGAGGAUGAAUGUUCAGAGCUGAAGAAAGAUAUUGAUGACCUUGAAUUAACACUGGCCAAGGUGGAGAAGGAAAAACAUGCCACCGAAAACAAGGUGAAAAACCUCACAGAGGAGAUGGCAGCCCUGGACGAGACCAUCGCCAAGCUGACAAAAGAGAAGAAAGCUCUCCAAGAGGCCCAUCAGCAGACACUGGAUGACCUGCAGGCAGAAGAGGACAAAGUCAAUACGCUGACCAAAGCUAAAACCAAGCUGGAGCAGCAAGUGGACGACCUGGAAGUGUCCCUGGAGCAGGAGAAGAAACUGCGCAUGGACCUUGAGAGAGCUAAGAGGAAGCUCGAAGGAGACCUGAAGAUGGCCCACGACAGCAUAAUGGAUUUGGAAAACGAUAAGCAGCAGCUGGAUGAGAAACUGAAGAAGAAAGACUUUGAAAUCAGCCAGAUCCAGAGCAAAAUUGAGGAUGAGCAAGCCCUGGGCAUGCAAUUACAGAAGAAGAUCAAGGAGCUGCAGGCUCGUAUUGAGGAACUGGAGGAGGAAAUUGAGGCUGAGCGAACGUCUCGGGCAAAAGCAGAGAAGCAUCGGGCUGACCUCUCCAGGGAGCUAGAGGAGAUCAGCGAGCGCCUGGAAGAAGCAGGAGGAGCUACCGCAGCUCAGAUCGAGAUGAACAAGAAGCGUGAGGCAGAAUUUCAGAAGAUGCGUCGCGACCUCGAGGAGGCCACGCUGCAGCACGAAGCCACGGCUGCCGCCCUGCGGAAGAAGCACGCGGACAGCACAGCUGAGCUUGGGGAGCAGAUCGACAACCUGCAACGAGUGAAGCAGAAGCUGGAGAAGGAGAAGAGUGAGCUGAAGAUGGAGAUUGACGACUUGGCCAGUAACAUGGAGUCUGUCUCCAAAGCCAAGGCAAAUCUGGAGAAGAUGUGUCGCACACUGGAAGACCAGCUGAGUGAGAUUAAGACAAAGGAAGAAGAGCACCAGCGCAUGAUCAAUGACCUCAGUGCUCAAAGGGCUCGCCUGCAGACAGAAUCAGGUGAAUAUUCGCGCCAGGUGGAGGAGAAAGAUGCUCUGAUUUCUCAGCUGUCUAGAGGCAAGCAGGCUUUCACCCAACAGAUCGAGGAACUCAAGAGACAAUUAGAGGAAGAGAUAAAGGCCAAGAACGCCCUGGCCCACGCCUUGCAGUCUGCUCGCCACGACUGUGACUUGCUCCGGGAACAAUAUGAGGAGGAGCAGGAAGCCAAGGGGGAGCUGCAGCGUGCCCUGUCCAAGGCCAACAGCGAAGUGGCCCAGUGGAGAACCAAAUACGAGACGGAUGCUAUUCAGCGCACGGAGGAGCUGGAGGAGGCCAAGAAGAAGCUGGCACAGCGGCUGCAGGAUGCAGAGGAACACGUCGAAGCCAUCAAUGCCAAAUGUGCUUCCCUGGAAAAGACAAAGCAGAGGCUGCAGAACGAAGUGGAGGACCUGAUGAUUGACGUGGAGCGAGCGAAUGCUGCCUGCGCGGCUCUGGAUAAGAAGCAGAAGAACUUUGACAAGAUCCUGGCAGAGUGGAAGCAGAAGUAUGAGGAAACGCAGGCUGAGCUGGAAGCCUCCCAGAAGGAGUCUCGCGCUCUCAGCACGGAGCUGUUUAAGAUGAAGAAUGCCUAUGAGGAGUCCUUGGACCACCUGGAAACGCUGAAGCGUGAGAACAAGAACUUGCAGCAGGAGAUUUCCGACCUGACGGAGCAGAUUGCCGAGGGAGGAAAGGCGAUCCAUGAGCUGGAGAAAGUCAAGAAGCAGAUUGAGCAGGAGAAAUCUGAAAUCCAGGCUGCUCUGGAGGAAGCUGAGGCCUCCCUAGAACAUGAAGAAGGGAAGAUCCUGCGCCUCCAGCUUGAGCUCAACCAGGUGAAGUCUGAGAUUGACAGGAAGAUAGCAGAGAAGGAUGAGGAGAUUGACCAGAUGAAGAGAAACCACCUCAGAAUUGUGGAGUCCUUGCAGAGCAGCCUGGACGCUGAGAUCAGGAGCAGGAAUGAAGCCCUGCGGCUGAAGAAGAAGAUGGAGGGAGACCUGAAUGAAAUGGAGAUCCAGCUGAGCCAUGCCAACUGCGUGGCCGCAGAGGCACAAAAGAACCUGAGAAACACACAGGCAGUGCUCAAGGACACGCAGAUACACUUGGAUGAUGCUCUCAGGACCCAGGAGAACCUGAAGGAGCAGGUGGCCAUGGUGGAGCGCAGAGCAAACCUGUUGCAGGCUGAAGUUGAGGAGCUACGGGCAGCCCUGGAGCAGACGGAGCGGUCGAGGAAAGUGGCUGAGCAGGAGCUUCUGGAUGCCACUGAACGUGUGCAGCUCCUCCACACCCAGAACACCAGCUUGAUCAACACCAAGAAGAAGCUGGAAACAGACAUCGUGCAAAUUCAAGGUGAAAUGGAGGAUAUGAUCCAGGAAUCCCGCAAUGCUGAAGAGAAGGCCAAGAAGGCCAUCACUGAUGCAGCCAUGAUGGCAGAAGAGCUGAAGAAGGAGCAGGACACCAGCGCCCACCUGGAGAGGAUGAAGAAGAACCUGGACCAGACGGUGAAGGACCUGCAGCACCGUCUGGAUGAGGCUGAGCAGUUGGCACUGAAAGGAGGCAAGAAGCAAAUCCAGAAGCUGGAGGCCAGAGUGCGGGAGCUGGAAGGGGAGGUGGAUGCUGAGCAGAAGCGCAGCGCUGAAGCCGUGAAGGGUGUGCGCAAGUACGAGAGGAGGGUGAAGGAGCUGACCUACCAGUCUGAGGAAGACCGGAAGAAUAUUCUCAGGCUGCAGGAUCUGGUGGACAAGCUGCAGAUGAAGGUGAAAUCCUACAAGAGACAAGCUGAGGAGGCUGAGGAGCUGUCCAAUGUCAAUCUCAUCAAGUUCCGCAAGAUCCAUCAUGACCUGGAGGAAGCUGAGGAGCGGGCUGACAUUGCAGAGUCACAGGUCAACAAGCUCCGUGUGAAGAGCCGUGAGAUGUAUUGGAAAAAUGAAGGAGAAGAAUGA